UCCUCUUACCAGACCCGAUAGUGACUUUAAGCGGGAGGGGGAGUUAGGAGAAAAGUAUUUUGUUUCCUUCUUGAAGGGGGUGUGUCCCAGGCUUGUCUACCUGCACAGGCAGUAAUGCGUGCCAGGAAUUGCUGAUGGAUCAGUGAGCCUGUGUUCAUGCCAGUGAGCUGCUGUGGCUCAGAUUCUAAUGCUUUCUUUCCAAACAGCAUAAGAAGUGAUUGAGCCACAAGUAUACUGAAGGAAGGGCUCCCUCGAGUUGUGGUGUGAAGAGAUAAAUCACCAGUCACAGACUAUGCACCCGACUGCUGCUGUUCAGUCCAGGGAAAAUGAAAGUUGGAGUGCUGUGGCUCAUUUCUUUCUUCACCUUCACUGAUGGCCACGGUGGCUUCCUGGGGAGAAAUGAUGGCAUCAAAACAAAAAAAGAACUCAUUGUGAAUAAGAAAAAACAUCUAGGCCCCGUCGAAGAAUAUCAGCUGCUGCUUCAGGUGACCUAUAGAGAUUCCAAGGAGAAAAGAGAUUUGAGAAAUUUUCUGAAGCUCUUGAAGCCUCCAUUAUUAUGGUCACAUGGGCUAAUUAGAAUUAUCAGAGCAAAGGCUACCACAUACUGCAACAGCCUGAAUGGAGUCCUGCAGUGUACCUGUGAAGACAGCUACACCUGGUUUCCUCCCUCAUGCCUUGAUCCCCAGAACUGCUACCUUCACACGGCUGGAGCACUCCCAAGCUGUGAAUGUCAUCUCAACAACCUCAGCCAGAGUGUCAAUUUCUGUGAGAGAACAAAGAUUUGGGGCACUUUCAAAAUUAAUGAAAGGUUUACAAAUGACCUUUUGAAUUCAUCUUCUGCUAUAUACUCCAAAUAUGCAAAUGGAAUUGAAAUUCAACUCAAAAAAGCAUAUGAAAGAAUUCAAGGUUUUGAGUCGGUUCAGGUCACCCAAUUUCGAAAUGGAAGCAUCGUUGCUGGGUAUGAAGUUGUUGGUUCCAGCAGUGCAUCUGAACUGCUGUCAGCCAUUGAACAGGUUGCCGAGAAGGCUAAGACAGCCCUUCACAAGCUGUUUCCAUUAGAAGACGGCUCUUUCAGAGUGUUCGGAAAAGCCCAGUGUAAUGACAUUGUCUUUGGAUUUGGGUCUAAGGAUGAUGAAUAUACCCUGCCCUGCAGCAGUGGCUACAGGGGAAACAUCACAGCCAAGUGUGAGUCCUCUGGGUGGCAGGUCAUCAGGGAGACUUGUGUGCUCUCUCUGCUUGAAGAACUGAAGAAGAAUUUCAGUAUGAUUGUAGGCAAUGCCACUGAGGCAGCUGUGUCAUCCUUUGUGCAAAAUCUUUCCGUCAUCAUUCGGCAAAACCCAUCAACCACAGUGGGGAAUCUGGCUUCGGUGGUGUCGAUUCUGAGCAAUAUUUCAUCUCUGUCACUGGCCAGCCAUUUCAGGGUGUCCAAUUCAACAAUGGAGGAUGUCAUCAGUAUAGCUGACAAUAUCCUUAAUUCGGCCUCAGUAACCAACUGGACAGUCUUACUGCGGGAAGAAAAGUAUGCCAGCUCACGGUUACUAGAGACAUUAGAAAACAUCAGCACUCUGGUGCCUCCGACGGCUCUUCCUCUGAAUUUUUCUCGGAAAUUCAUUGACUGGAAAGGGAUUCCAGUGAACAAAAGCCAACUCAAAAGGGGUUACAGCUAUCAGAUUAAAAUGUGUCCCCAAAAUACAUCUAUUCCCAUCAGAGGCCGUGUGUUAAUUGGGUCAGACCAAUUCCAGAGAUCCCUUCCAGAAACUAUUAUCAGCAUGGCCUCGUUGACUCUGGGGAACAUUCUACCCAUUUCCAAAAAUGGAAAUGCUCAGGUCAAUGGACCUGUGAUAUCCACGGUUAUUCAAAACUAUUCCGUAAAUGAAGUUUUCCUAUUUUUUUCCAAGAUAGAGUCAAACCUGAGCCAGCCUCAUUGUGUGUUUUGGGAUUUCAGUCAUUUGCAGUGGAACGAUGCAGGCUGCCACCUAGUGAAUGAAACUCAAGACAUCGUGACGUGCCGAUGUACUCACUUGACCUCCUUCUCCAUGUUGAUGUCACCUUUUGUCCCCUCUACGAUCUUCCCCGUUGUAAAAUGGAUCACCUAUGUGGGACUGGGUAUCUCCAUUGGAAGUCUCAUUUUAUGCCUGAUCAUCGAGGCUUUGUUUUGGAAGCAGAUUAAAAAAAGCCAAACCUCUCACACACGUCGUAUUUGCAUGGUGAACAUAGCCCUGUCCCUCUUGAUUGCUGAUGUCUGGUUUAUUGUUGGUGCCACAGUGGACACCACGGUGAACCCUUCUGGAGUCUGCACAGCUGCUGUGUUCUUUACACACUUCUUCUACCUCUCUUUGUUCUUCUGGAUGCUCAUGCUUGGCAUCCUGCUGGCUUACCGGAUCAUCCUCGUGUUCCAUCACAUGGCCCAGCAUUUGAUGAUGGCUGUUGGAUUUUGCCUGGGUUAUGGGUGCCCUCUCAUUAUAUCUGUCAUAACCAUUGCUGUCACGCAACCUAGCAAUACCUACAAAAGGAAAGAUGUGUGUUGGCUUAACUGGUCCAAUGGAAGCAAACCACUCCUGGCUUUUGUUGUCCCUGCACUGGCUAUUGUGGCUGUGAACUUCGUUGUGGUGCUGCUAGUUCUCACAAAGCUCUGGAGGCCGACUGUUGGGGAAAGACUGAGUCGGGAUGACAAGGCCACCAUCGUCCGCGUGGGGAAGAGCCUCCUCAUUCUGACCCCUCUGCUAGGGCUCACCUGGGGCUUUGGAAUAGGAACAAUAGUGGACAGCCAGAAUCCGGCUUGGCAUGUUAUUUUUGCUUUACUCAAUGCAUUCCAGGGAUUUUUUAUCUUAUGCUUUGGAAUACUCUUGGACAGUAAGCUGCGACAACUUCUGUUCAACAAGUUGUCUGCCUUAAGUUCUUGGAAGCAAACAGAAAAGCAAAACUCAUCAGAUUCAUCUGCCAAACCCAAAUUCUCAAAGCCUUUCAACCCACUGCAAAACAAAGGCCAUUAUGCAUUUUCUCAUACUGGAGAUUCCUCCGACAACAUCAUGCUAACUCAGUUUGUCUCAAAUGAAUAAGGCAAGGAAUCAUAAAAUCAAGAAAAAAUUUCCAGAACAACUUGACAUUUAGAGACAAAUGUCAAUGAAGAAAUUAUGCUCAGUAUUCGAUCGGGUUUUCUGAUUUAGGGGUCUGGGAAUAAAACAAGAAUGUCUCAGUGGCUUCA